AUGCCGGGGCAGUCUAAAGUCGAAUACAUAAUAAAUCAAGCUGGCAUUGCGGGAUGUGUGUCGAGGACAGUCACCGCACCUCUGGAUCGUAUUAAGACCAUCUACCAAGCUAGAGGCACCAAAGCAGCAUCCACCGGUCUAAUCCGCUCUUUCAAGAAGAUGCUCCACGAGGGUGGUGUCAUUUCAAUGUGGCGAGGAAAUGGAGUAAAUUGUAUCAAAAUUGCGCCCGAGCAGGCAUUUCGUUUCCAAGCAUAUGAAACCUACAAGAGGGUGUUGUUUAAGAAAGACGGAUCAUCGGAGCCACUUGCUCUGUAUGAGAAAUUCACAGCCGGUGCAUUGGCAGGGGCUACUUCGCAGACCCUUAUCUAUCCUAUGGAGAUAAACUGCCUGGUGUAUAGUGCUUGA